UGUUUGACAUGAAAUUCCACAGAAAAAAGUUGUGGCGAUGAAGCUGGUUGCGUUCGCUGUUUUUUGUGUUCUCGGCGUAUCGGGGAAAGAUCGAUUACCCCCAAAUGUGAAUCCUAAUCAGUAUCAAGUUGGGGAUGCCCAGCAGUAUCCCCCACCUCCGCCCCCACCGUCUCAUCAUCAAGGAGUGCAGCAGCAACACCACCAGCAGCCACCACCACCGCCGCCGCCGAACCAGCAUCAGCAACAGAUGCACCAACCACAGCAGCAGCAUCAUCAGCAACAACAACCUCAGGUGCAUCACCAGGCUCAGCCGAGUGCGCAUGUUGCUGCUCAUGGGGCAGGUGGCCAUCACCAUGCAGGUCGGCCAUUGGACAAGCAGCACAUGGAGGCUCAGCGAGAUGAUAUGGGGCAUCACUUCGACAUGCCUGUGGAUACUUCUCGGAUGACGGAUCAGGAGCUGCAAUUCCAUUACUUCAAAAUGCACGAUGCGGACAACAAUAAUAUGCUGGAUGGACUGGAACUUGUGAAAUCGCUGAUUCAUUGGCACGACCCGAAGAAUCAUGAUCCCAGCGCUGGAGUUCCUCCGCCAGAACCGAAGAUCUUCCCAGACGCAGAGCUUGAAAACAUGAUCGAUCCUAUUCUGAAAGCUGACGAUAAAAAUGGCGACGGUUUCAUUGAUUAUCUCGAGUUUGUGAAAGCCCAGGAAGCUGCUGCUGCCGCGGCAGCUAAUCAGAAGAACCCUUGA